UAAUCGGCUGGUCAAACACUCAGAGCCCUACCAUUUUGAACUGGGAAAGUCUUCGCCCUACGGUCACUCAUAUACAACCAUAUAAGCAUAUCAUAUUAUAUGUCUCCACAGCCCAAGCACAUUACUCGUGAUACAUUCUACAUUCAAAAGAUCAAAUUACACAGACCACCAUUCUUCUCUUCUCCUUUGGCUUUCAACUUCACAAAAUGCAGAAGAACAACCCUCGCUACGACUACAUUGGAGAACGGCCACGCACACUCGCUGCCCGAAACAAGAGUUGUAUGGUGGCAUCAUCAUCAUCAGUAUCAUCCCCGAGGCCUCGAAAACAGGUUUGUACGUGCUCGAAUCGUCCUGGGUUGAAUAGGUGUAGCCGACACGGGUAUGCAGUGCCGCCGGGAGGCGAAAAGUGGUGGAGGAACUAUGGAAACAAGGAGGUUUUGAGGAGGGCAUUGAGAUCUACUCCAAAUCGCAGCUUAAGUCUUCGGUGGUGGAAUUUCCAACCAACGCCCAGUCGGCUUUCUAACAUGUCUACGGCUUAAUGGAGGAGCUAGCUAAAGCUGCUAAACCUUUCUUUUACUAUUCACAAACCGAUUUUGCUCGAUCGGCAUGUUGUAAUUUAUUAAUUGCUGUUUUUGUUCCAUAGAGGAUGAUUAAUUAUAUACCAAUCUGUGUAUAUUAAUUUUGACUCUGAAAGAUUCUUGUUCGGUCAA